AUGAGCGGUCACGAUUCCAAGUAUUUUACGACGACAAAAAAGGGCGAGAUUCAUGAAUUGAAAGAGGAGCUAAAUUCGCCGUACAAGGAGAAGAGGAAGGAUGCUGUCAAGAAGGUUAUUGCAGCCAUGACUGUAGGCAAGGACGUGUCCAUGUUGUUCACAGAUGUUGUGAACUGCAUGCAGACGGAGAACCUGGAGCUGAAGAAGCUUGUUUAUCUGUACCUCAUUAACUAUGCCAAGAGCCAGCCGGAUCUUGCCAUCCUCGCCGUCAACACGUUUGUGAAGGACUCGCAAGAUCCGAAUCCGCUCAUACGGGCCUUGGCGGUGCGAACAAUGGGUUGCAUUAGGGUUGAUCGUAUCACGGAGUACCUGUGUGACCCACUGCAGCGAUGCCUGAAGGACGACGACCCGUACGUUCGGAAGACCGCGGCAAUCUGUGUGGCCAAGCUCCACGAUAUUAACGCAGAGCUUGUCGAGGAUCGUGGGUUUCUAGACAUACUGCGGGAUAUGAUCUCUGACAGCAAUCCCAUGGUAGUGGCGAACGCCGUUGCCGCUCUCUCCGAAAUUCAAGAAGGCAGCAGCAAGCCUGUCUUCGACAUCACGCCUAACACAGUCUUUAAAUUGCUUGCGGCACUGAACGAGUGUACCGAGUGGGGACAGGUUUUCAUCUUGGACUCUCUUUCCAAAUACAAAGCACGUGAUGCUCGUGAAGCUGAGGGAAUUGUGGAACGCGUCACGCCGCGUUUGCAACAUGCGAAUUCAGCUGUUGUCCUUUCUGCUGUCAAAGUCAUUUUGUUGCAAAUGGAGCUUAUCACAAGCACUGACUUGAUACGGAACCUGUGCAAGAAGAUGGCACCUCCGUUGGUCACGCUUCUUUCGUCAGAGCCUGAGAUUCAGUAUGUGGCUUUGCGAAACAUCAACCUCGUCGUGCAAAAGAGGCCAUCGAUUCUUGCACAUGAAAUCAAGGUUUUCUUUUGCAAGUAUAAUGAUCCCAUCUACGUGAAGAUGGAGAAGCUUGAGAUCAUGAUUCGCCUCGCUUCUGAAAGAAACAUUGAUCAGGUGCUGCUCGAGUUCAAGGAGUAUGCAACUGAGGUGGAUGUGGAUUUUGUUAGGAAAGCUGUUCGUGCUAUUGGCCGGUGUGCCAUCAAGCUCGAGAAGGCUGCAGAGCGAUGCAUCAAUGUCCUCUUGGACCUUAUCAAGAUCAAGGUCAAUUACGUUGUCCAAGAGGCUAUCGUUGUGAUCAAGGACAUUUUCCGCAGAUAUCCAAACACGUAUGAAUCCAUAAUUGCAACACUCUGUGAAAGCUUGGACAAUUUGGAUGAACCAGAGGCAAAGGCGUCGAUGAUAUGGAUCAUUGGAGAGUACGCUGAGCGCAUUGACAAUGCCGAUGAACUCUUGGAAGGCUUCUUGGAAACCUUUUUGGAGGAGCCCUCACAGGUUCAGCUGCAAUUGCUGACAGCAGCAACGGUUCUCAACAACGCAACCCAAGAGACGGACAAUCCUGACCUUCGAGACCGUGCCUAUGUGUACUGGAGGCUUCUCUCAACAGACCCUGAGGCAGCAAAAGACAUUGUCCUCGCAGAGAAGCCAACGAUCAGUGACGAGGUUUCCGGGCUGGACCCGGAUUUGCUGGCUGAACUCCUUCGAAACAUUGCAACCUUGUCUUCUGUCUACCAGAAGCCGCCUUCAGCCUUUGUAUCUCGUCUCCGCUCUGCUGUGCCAGCAUCAGCAGCUGAGCCGUCUGAAGAGUAUGAGGAGUCGUCUGCUCCUGUUUCAGGAGGAGCUCCUCCUCCAGCUGCAGCACCAGCUGCUCCUGCUCCGUCCCCGUCUCCUGCUGCUCCUGCUCCCGCAGCUGCUCCUGCCCCACCUGACCUUCUUGGUGACCUUAUGGGUCUGGAUGCUGCUAUAGUUCCUGCGCCUGAGGCGCCUUCUGGACCUUCUCUUCCAGUUCUUCUAGCAGCGUCAGCUGGUCAAGGGCUGCAGAUCAAUGGUCAACUGGAGCGUAAGGAUGGCCAGGUGGUUUACCGUGUCAAGUUUGACAACAACUCCAGCACAGCCUUGGAUGGCUUCAUGAUGCAGCUUAAUAAAAACUCCUUCGGCAUAUCUGCUCCAGCUGGCGUUUUACCUGUGCCACCGCUUCAACCAGGUGCAUCAGCAACAGCUGAUCUGCCAUUGACCCUCUUUCAAAACGUGUCUCCUCCUCCUCCAUCGUCAGUCCUUCAAGUUGCGGUGAAAAACAACCAGCAGCCAGUCUGGUAUUUUACUGACAAAAUCAGAGUGCAGGCAUUCUUUACCGAAGAGGGACGGAUGGAACGUGGAGUGUUCCUUGAGACAUGGAAGGCGCUUCCGGAUUCCAACGAGGUCUCCCGUGAUUUGUCAGGCAUAACAAUCUCGAACAUCGACUCCGUCUCAGAAAAGCUGGCUUCGAACAACGUCUUCUUUGUGGCAAAGCGCCACCUCAAGGACACGAACCAAAACAUCCUUUACCUUUCGGCGAAGCUGGCCCCAUCCAUCCCUAUUCUUCUGGAGAUCACGUUCUUGCUCGGCGUUUCUGGCACGAAGUGUGCCAUCAAGACACCAAGUCCUGAGUGGGCACCUCUUGUCUUCGAGGCUGUUGAGAGCAUUCUCCAGUAA